CUGUCUCUUUUCUGUGGGCUUGUUUCAAUGGUCUUUUUUGUAGAAUCCAGGGUAACAGGAGGAACUGAAGGCGGAGUUUGCAAACUUUAACCCGCCGCGGACAGACGGAGGAAUGCUCGGUUUAUACCUCCUACUAAGAGGGAGGGACCGUUAGAUCCGCACCUGCAACAGAUCCGUCUGGGUUUCGUCUUUUUCAAUCAACGUGCUUUUGUUAUGGUGGUGACAGAGCCGUAUGGUUUGAUUCCUGUAAGGUUAUUUUGUGGUCUUGUAUGAUGUCAGAAAGCUCUUGUGUCUCCGGGACCCCUCAGCGACUGCUGACUCUGGCUCUUAAGGGAGAAUGGGUGGCAUUGGAACAGAAGCUCAAGACGCUGGAGAAGGGAGAUCCGGAGAUCUUCCAGUUCGACGAGGAGUCUGGCCUGAACCUCCUGAUGGUCGCGGUUCGAGAGAGCCGUCUGUCUGUCGUUGACAGGUUGCUGGAACUGGGGGUCAAUCCAAGUGACAAAACAAAGGAUGGCAGAUCAGCAUUACACGUCGCUGCAGCUCACUCCAAAGAGGAGAUCGUCAAACUACUGGCAAGAAAAACUGAUCCCAAUUUACCAGCCGGGCCUAAUGAUCAGUUGCCGCUGCACUACGCAGCGUCUCGACCGACCGGAGGACUCGGAGCCGUGCAAACGCUUCUCAAGAUCAGCAGCAAAGAUGCUCGUCUUACACCAGACAAGGAUGGCUGCCUUCCGUUGCUGCUGGCUGUCGAGGCUGGGAAUGUUGGGAUUGUACGGGAACUCCUUUCUGGCCAAUCAGAGCCACAGAUCAAAGCUGUGAAGACGGCGAACGGCGACACUGCGCUUCACAUCUGCUGCAGACGGAAAGAUGCUGAGAUGGCCAAAGUCCUGGUGGAGUUUGGGGCGAAUGCGGACUCUCAGAAUAACGAAUGGCAGACUCCUCUGCACAUCGCCGCUCUGGAAGGAGACGAGAACAUGCUGAAGUUCUUGUACCACUGCAAGGCCAAUCCCAACAUUUUGGACAAGAUGGACAGAUCUCCUCUACACAUCGCCGCAGAGCAGGGACACACUAAUGUAGUCGAGAUCCUCACUGAGAAAUUCAAGUCAUGUGUUUUAGCAAGAACAAAGAAUGGCAACACUCUUCUGCAUAUCGCAUCUCAAUAUGGUCACCCCACCACCACUCUGGCGUUACUGAGGAAAGGCGUCCCGCUGCACAUGCCCAACAAGUCUGGGGCGGUUUGUCUUCACGCUGCGGCUAAGAGAGGACACACGGCUGUAGUGAAAGCUCUGCUCCAGAAGGGGGCGCAUGUGGACGCCACAUCUAAAGACGGACUGACGGCACUUCACAUCGCGGUGGAGAACUGCAAGCCGCAGGUGGUGCAGAUGCUGCUGGGAUUCGGAGCACAUGUGCAGCUCAGAGGAGGAAGGGCACAGGAAACCCCUCUGCACAUCGCAGCGAGAGUGAAGGAAGGUGAACGGGCAGCCGAAAUGCUUCUGAAGAGUGGAGCGGAUGUGAACGCAGAGCAGGAGAAUGGAGAGACCGCUAUGCAUGUAGCCGCACGUCACGGCGCUCUACAGAUGAUACAAGCACUGAUCCAGGAUGGUGGAGACGUGACCUGGAAAUCUAAGGUUGGUGAAAGCCCUCUCCACGUUGCGGUGCAUCACUGUCACGCUCACGUGCUGGAGGAGAUUUUAACCUGUCUGACCAAUGAGAGGAGCCGCCAGGAGGUGGAGCGCUGUGUGCGUGAAGGAAACCAGAACGGCGAGACGCCACUGCACCUGGCAGCUGAGCUCAGGAGGGAUGCAGUGCAUCAUCCGGAUGAGGACACCCGCAUCAUCAAGAUCCUGAUGGAGCAUCACGCCGACGUCACCGCCGUCACUCGACAGAGUGGAGAGACGCCUCUUCAUUACUGCACCAGGGUGGGAAACACUGCCACUCUUCAGGAGAUGCUCAGUAACGUCCCCUCCAACCAGCUCCAGACCGCCAUCAACAAACACGCGAAGAACGGCAGGUCGCCGCUGCUGUUGGCCGCAGAGCAGGGUCACACAGAGGUCGUAAAGAUCCUGCUGCAGAACAACGCCAGAGUGGACGUGUUUGAUGAGGAGGGGAAGGCUGCCAUUCAUCUGGCCGCAGAACAAGGUCAUCAAGAUAUCGUGGACGUCCUGCUGGCCCAUAAGGCCUUUGUGAACGUCAAAACCAAACAGGGCCUGACGCCUCUGCACCUCAGCGCUCAGAGCGGCUCGGCGCAGCUCGUCAGGUUAUUGGUGGAGACCCAUCAGGCCAGUGUUGAUGCUCUCUCUCUGAAAAAGCAGACGCCUCUGCAUUUGGCAGCCAUUAGUGGACAACUGGACGUUUGCAGCAGCCUGUUAAGCCUGAAAGCAGACAUCACUGCCACAGAUAUCCGCGGUCAGACUCCUCUUCAUUUGGCGGCGGAGAACAAUCACUCUGAGGUGGUGAAGCUGUUUCUGAGGCACAGACCUGAAUUAGCCACGCUAGCAAACAUGGAGGGAGCGACCUGCACGCACAUCGCUGCGGCUAAAGGCAGUGUGGCCGUCAUUAAAGAACUGCUUCUGUUUAAUCAAAGAGGAGCUGGAACACUCAACAACAAGGCUAACGGUUUGUGUCCACUGCAUUUGGCUGCUGCUGGCGGUCAUAUGGAGGUGGUGAAAGUUCUUCUGGAGGCUGGAGCAUCAGUGACAGAGGAGGACGCUGAGGGCAUGACGGCCAUACAUUUGGCUGCCAAGAACGGACACACUCAUAUUCUGGAGGUGCUGAAAGGUAGCGUUUCACUGAAGAUCCAGAGCUCCAAGACGGGUUUGACGGCUCUGCACGUGGCAGCCUGUUUUGGACAGGUGGACUUCGUGAGAGAAAUCCUGACUAAAGUUCCAGCCACAAUACGCAGCGAAUUCCCCACCAACAGAGGCAGCAGCAGCGGCAAAGAUGAUGUGAAGAGGCAGCAGCCGUUAGCUGAGUCAGGUUACACUCCUCUGCACCUGGCGGCUCAGUCCGGUCAUGAGAACGUGGUUCGCCUGUUGCUGAAUUCUCCUGGAGUUCAGGCUGAUGCUGAAACAGACAUUCAGGGCUCCAGUCCUCUGCACCUGGCGGCUCAAAACGGACACACGGCUGUGGUCGGGCUGCUGCUCAGCCGCUCUGGAUCUCUGCUGCAGCUGACCGACAAACGCGGAUGUACCUGUCUGCAUCUGGCCGCCGCGCACGGACACAUGGCCAUGGUGAGAGUCCUGCUGGGACAGGGAGCGGAGAUCAAUCACACGGACAUGAGUGGCUGGACGCCGCUGCAUUACGCGGCUAAAGCCGGCUGUCUGGAGACGGUGUCCUUCCUGGUGGAGAGCGGAGCGUCGCCGUGCGUCGAGUGUUGUGCCGGACGGACCCCGCUGCAGUACGCCGCUCAGGAGAACCACGAGGAAACCGUCAUCUUCCUGCUGAGACGAGAGAAGAACACACUCCGACUGCUGGACGACAAGAAGUUUGUGUUCAAUCUGAUGGUGUGCGGCCGCAUGAAUGAUAAUCUGGCUCUGGAGGAGUUGGUUCUUCAUUGUCCUGCUCCUCUGGACACGUGCGUCCGUCUGUCGCGAGCUCUGACUCAGGCCGCGCUCAGAGAGAAGGAGCGCUCCGUCGAUCUACACGCCGCUGCGACUCACUGCGAGCUCAUGGCCUCUGACCUCCUGACCCUCGCCGCCUCGGCCGGGGGUCACGGCGCCGGUCCAAUCCUCAGGGCCGUGGACCACCGGGGCGCCAGCAUGCUGGACUGCCUGAUCGAGGGCCAGCAGAAGGGUGUGGUGUCCCAUUCGGCGGUGCAGACGUAUCUGAUGGACGUGUGGUACGGAAGCCUGCAGUGGGACUCGUGGAAGAUCGUGCUGCUGUUCUUCUGUUUGCUGUUCUGUCCUCCACUGUGGCUGGUGCUCUCACUGCCACUCUGCAAAAGACACAGCUUCAACACCAUCCCAGUCGUGAAGUUCAUGAGUCACCUGGUGUCGCACGUCUUCCUGUUGGCCCUGUUCAUCCUGACGAUUGUGUAUCCGCCUGUGAAUCCUGUAUCCCAGGGCCAUGUGGUUCCCGGCUGGUCUGAGUGUCUGUUACUGAUCUGGCUUUGUGGGAUGCUGGUAUCCGAGCUGACAUUCCCAGGUGAGCGUGCUGGAUUAGCAUGGAUUCGUUUUUUUCUCCUGUUCUGUUCCGGCGUGGCUCUGCUGUGCCACCUGCUGGCGGUCUUCUUCCAAUGGUGGUCACCGAAGCACCUGUACUGGCUGUUCGCCCGGAAUGUCCUGCUGGCUGUGGCGAUGAAGCUGGGAUUCAUCCAGCUGCUGGAGUUCCUCACGUUCCAUCACUUAUUUGGCCCGUGGGCCAUAAUCAUCCGAGACUUGAUAAAGGAUCUGUGUCGGUUCGCUGUGAUCCUCAUGUUGUUCCACAUCGCCUUCACGCUGAGCCUCACCGCUUUGUGUCAGCCACUGAAUCUGCAAGAAUGUGACAACAGCACUGGUAAUGUCACACAAGUGGCCAUUCCGGGUCCUUUAAACAUAUCUGUGCUGCUCUUCUUCGCUUUGUUUGGUUUAACCGACCUAGAUAAAAUUGCCGAAGUGCCGAGGUGCCCGUCACACACCACAGCCAUUUUGACUAAAACGGUGUUUGGCGUGUAUCUGGUGGUGACGGUCAUCGUGUUGAUCAACCUCCUCAUCGCCAUGAUGAGCGACACGUACCAGCGCAUCCAGGCUCAGUCCGACACGGAGUGGAAGUUUGGCCGCGCCGUUCUAAUACGGGAUAUGAGCCGCAAGUCUGGAAUUCCUUCUCCGUUCAACCUGUUCACCAACCUGUUCUACUCCAUCAAGGUGUUUUGCAAAUGCGCAGGGAAGGUCUGCUCUGAGGAGGGUCGUGAGGUGAUAAAUGAGGAUGAAGACGCUGAAGGUUUGUCAGACUCACGUUCUGUAGAUCUGCUGGCUCAAGGAUCUGUCAGCUGGGUCAAAGGAAACAAGAGAACGCAGAUCCUCCCCGAGGGUGGUCAGAUCACACUGUCCAUGUCUGGAGGACAUGUGCGUGUGGAGAACGUUGUGGACUGGCCAUCUGUGGUCCAGCAGUUUUUAUCCCAGCACAGACAGAGGGAAAGAUCACCGCCAGAGAGAGAGACGAAUGAAUGACUGGCGGCUUCACCGUGACAGAUGAAUUUGCACUGCCUAUGAACAUCAGUCCAACCACCUGAGCCCACAACACGUCAACUUCCUGUUUAAAAGCUUUAGCAUAUAUCACAGCAUGUGCCUUUAUCUGAUAUACACUCCUCACUAGUCAUUUUGAAAUGAAAUGAGAUGUCAUUUACACUGGAAUUCAAAAGAUUGGGGUCAGUACGAUUUAAUGUCUUUUAAAAGUCGCCCACCAAGGCUGCAUUUAUCUAAUAAAAAAUGCAGUAAAAACAGCAAAAUUGUGAAAUAUUAUUACAAUUUCAAAUAGCUGUUUUUGGUGUGAAUAUGUAUUAAAAUGUAAUUUAUUUUUGUGAGUCAAUUCUGAAUUUUCAGCAUCAUUACUCCAGUCUUCAGUGUCACAUGAUGCUUCAUAAAUCAUUCUAAUAUUCAGAUUUGCUGCUUAAAAAACAUUUCUGAGUAUUAUCAAUAUUAAAAACAGUUGUGCUGCUUAUUUUUCUCUUAGAUGAAGGAAUAGCAUUUGAAACAGAAGUCCUGAUUUGAAUCAAGCUAUUCAUGAUUCACGCUCCAAAGUCUUGAUCUGAAACAAACAAUUCAUGAUUUGUGCUCUGAAGUCCUGAUCUGAAUGAAAUGAUUCAUGAUUCGUGCUCCAAAGUCCCAAUUUGAAUCAAACAAAUCAUGAUUCGCACUCCAAAGUCCUGAUCUGAAUCAAAUGAUUCAUGAUUCGCGUUCCAAAGUUCUGAUCUGAAUCAAACAAUUCAUGAUCCACGUUCUGAAGUCUUUAUCUAAAUCAAAUGAUUUAUGAUUCGUGCUCCUAAGUCCUGAUCUGAAUCAAACGAUUUAUGAUUUGUGCUCUGAAGUCCUGAUCUGAAUCAAAUUAUUCAUGAUUGACAUUCCGAAGUCCCUAUUUGAAUCAAACGAUUCAUGAUUCAUGCCCCCGAAAUCCUGAUCUGAUUAAAACAAUUCAUGAUUCGCGCUCUGAAGUCCUGAUCUGAAUCAAACGAUUCAUGAUUUACAUUUCGAAAUCCUGAUCUGAAUCAAACGAUUCAUGAGUCACGCUCCGAAGUCCCAAUUUGAAUAAAAUGAUCCAUGAUUCACGUUCCAAAGUCCUGAUCUGAAUUAAAUGAUACAUUUUUAUGCUCCGAAGUCCCGGUCUGAAUCAGAUGAUUCAUGAAUUGCACUCCGAAGUCCCAAUCUGAUUUAAAUUAUUCACGAUACCCAAUCCAAAGUCCGGUUUAAAUCAAAAGAUUCACUAUACCCACUCCAAGUCUCAAAUUUUAUUUGGACAAAUAAAACCCACUUUAAAUGUAUAAAUUAUGAGAUGCUUGUAACAUUAUAAAUGUCUUUACUGUCACUUUUGAUCAAUUUUAUGCAUCUUUGAUGAAUAAAUGUGUUAAUUUCUUUUUAAAACAACAACAAAAAAUCUUACAGACCCCAAACUUUUGAAUGGUAGUGUAUAUGCGCAUAUGUAUUCCUACUUGAUAUAUCUGACUUAGAAUCAUAAAUGUGUUUUAUUGGCCGAUGACAUAUAAUGAAACCAUAUGCAAUGCUCACUUGUAGGGAGUUGAAAAUAUUGGAAAACACACUAAAGCACUGCCAGGAAGAUGUUUUACAGUAUUAUAUUUUUGUUUUAUUAUAACGCCAUAGAAAUAUCAGUGUUAAAGCUAUAAAAGAAUUUCUUUAUUUUUGCCUUUUUGUUGUUUUUUACAAAUACAAUGAAAUCUACAUGUAAAUCACACAUACUAAAUAUAGGUCCACGCCACAUAUAGCUGUAUAAUCACUGAGUACAUUUGUAGAAAUGGUAUGAAAGUGUUUUCAGGGCUGUCAACUUGUUUUUGUUAAAGGAGAAGUCCACUUCUAACAGUUCACAAAUAAUUUACUCACCCCCUUGUCAUCCAAGAUGUUCAUGUCUUUCUGUCUUCAGUCAUUAAGAAAUUAUGGUUUUUGAGGAAAACAUUUCAGGAUUUUUCUCCAUAUAAUGGACUGAUAUGGUGCCCCGAUUUUGAACUUCCAAAAUGUAGUUUAAAUGCAGCUUCAAAGGGCUCUAAACGAUCCCAGCCGAGGAAGAAGGGUCUUAUCUAGCGAAACGAUCUGACAUUUUUUUCGGAAAAUAAAAAUAUGUAAACUUUUUAAGCACAAAAGCUCGUGUAGCGCAGGCUCUGGGAUGCGCAUUCACGACACUACAUACUAUUGAAUCACGUCGAAAGGUCACGCGGAACAUAGGUUUAACUACAGACCCAGUGUUUACAAAGCGAACGUGCAAAGACUAAGAAAGUGCAAGUAAGUCAAACGCUGUUUACAAACAAAAACGUACAACGAUGUCGGACGAUUCUGAAGUUGUAGGAGAAAAUAAGAUGGAGUUUUUCGACAUACUCUACCUUUUUGAGCCGGGGUACACUGACGAUGAACUUAGACGUGAUUCGUAGUAGUGAUGGGAAGUUCGGAUCAUUUUACCGACUCUGAACUUUGAGUCUCAUUCAGCAAAAUGAACAAAUCUUUUUUUUGAGUCAUUUUGCUUAUUUUAGCAAAAUAUAAUUAAAAUGUUACGUGUUACUUCACUAACACAUCUACUGCUUACACAAACAUUGAUCACACCACAAACAAGACAAAACUAUAAUGCUAUAAGAAACAGAAAAAGAUUAAUUCAUUGUUAACCUGUGUCUUUAGUCUAUGAUUAGAUUUCCUCAUUACGAAAUUAUAUAUAAUAACAUGAUACCAAAUACCAGUUCGCAGUAUUACGCAGCAUAAUGGACUGUUUUGUACAGGUAAAAUAACUGAAAAACAAAUGACACUGGAAGUUUAAAAAAAAAAGAGCCUGAAGUCCAGAUUUGAAUCAAACAAUUCAUGAAUCAUGCUCCUAAGUCCUGAUCUAAAUCAAACGAUUCAUGAUUCGCGCUACGAAGUCCCGAUUUGAAUCAACGAUUCAUGAUGCGCACUCCAAAGUCCCGAUUUGAAUCAACGAUUCAUGAUUCGCACUCCAAAGUUCCGAUUUGAAUCAACGAUUCAUGAUUUGCACUCCGAAGUCCCGAUUUGAAUCAAACGAUUCAUGAUUCGCACUCCGAAGCCCUGAUCUGAAUCUAACGAUUCAUGUUCUGCACUUCGAAGUUCUAAACUGAAUCAAACGAUUCAUGAUUCGCGCUACGAAGUCUUGAUUUGAAUCAACGAUUCAUGAUUCACACUCCGAAGUCCCGAUUUGAAUCAAACGAUUCAUGAUGCGCACUCCGAAGUCCCAAUUUGACUCAACGAUUCAUGAUUCGCACUCCGAAGUCCCGAUUUGAAUCAAACGAUUCAUGAUGCGCCCUCCGAAGUCCCGAUUUGAAUCAACAAUUCAUGAUUCGCACUCCAAAGUUCUGAUUUGAAUCAACGAUUCAUGAUUUGCACUCCGAAGUCCCGAUUUGAAUCAAAUGAUUCAUGAUUUGCGCUACGAAGUCUCGAUUUGAAUCAAUGAUUCAUGAUUCACACUCCGAAGUCCCGAUUUGAAUCAAACGAUUCAUGAUGCACACUCUGAUGAUGCGCACUCCGAAGUCCCGAUUUGAAUCAAACGUUUCAUGAUGCGCACUCCGAAGUCCCGAUUUAAAUCAAACGAUUCAUGAUGCGCACUCCAAAGUUCCAAUUUGAAUCAACGAUUCAUGAUUCGCACUCCGAAGUCCCGAUUUGAAUCGUUUGAUUCAUGAUGCGCACUCCGAAGUCCCGAUUUGAAUCAACGAUUCAUGAUUCGCACUCCAAAGUUCCGAUUUGAAUCAACGAUUCAUGAUUUGCACUCCGAAGUCCCGAUUUGAAUCAAAUUAUUCAUGAUUUGCGCUACGAAGUCUCGAUUUGAAUCAACGAUUCAUGAUUCACACUCCGAAGUCCCGAUUUGAAUCAAACGAUUCAUGAUGCGCACUCCGAAGUCCCGAUUUGAAUCAAACGAUUCAUGAUGCACACUCCGUAGUCCCGAUUUGAAUCAAA